CACUCAUGACUUCAGAAUCACCUCCAAGAUACAGCUCCUCAUACUACUUUAUUCAGCUGAAGACCAAUGGAGGACUUAUUAUGCCAUGUGAAGGAGUCGUUACCAUAGUGAGAGCUGUAGAAAUGCAUCUCAAAGAACUAACGGACAGCAAUGUCCUAACAAGGAAGGGUGUCUUCUCCCGUGUCCAGUACCGAGUCUUGUCAGAUAUUGGAGCCAGGGGUGUGUUUGGAAAUGGCAUGGCAGACCAUGCUGCUGAAACUCAAGAUAGCACUGACAAUCAUACCGUCUACCUGAUCAGGCUUCUGGUAGAAGUAUUCUGCACUCUAAGACAUCAUCACAUUGCCCGACUUCAGAACCUUGGAUUAAAUCGAUCAGUGAGACAGACCCUGAAUAGGACUGUUAUCUUUCUAGAACUGUAUAUACACUCAUUUAAAUGACGGGUUUUACAUCCAUUUUUGCAUGUGAGUACUGAUCAGAUGAAUAUCACAAUACAGCUUGGUUUCAUUUAACAAUAUGAACAUGAAAAUAAAAAUGUGAUCAAUACAAUAGCUAAAGGUAGUCUGUAAAGUCACUUGGAAGGUUGUAUCACAAGGUAGUGCCUGAGAAAUGUGUGGGAUUUUUGUCUGAAUGUUUUGAAUCUAUUGCUUAUUAACCAACCCGGAUGGCUUGUAUUAUAUAAGUUAGUCUCUUUGCUGAGGUCCUUGAAGUAUAUACAGACAUUCUGUAAUCAUUUUUUCCCCUCCAUUUUCAAAUGUUAUACACUGUCAUGCAAACAUUUUUUUUUUUUUUUUAAAUUACAAAUCAUAUCAGUAAUGGAUAAUUUAAUAAAAUGCACAUUAAUAACAGUAUGUAUAAAUACUGAUUUAUAUUCAUGCAUAUAUUAAUAAUAUUUAUUAUAUGUACAUGUUAAUUAAAUGGUCAAGAGACUGCUUGAUUAGAAUGAAUGGGAAUUAAAUUCUGCAGAUUGAACCUCCGUGUGUCCAUGAAGCACUGAGCAAGAUGGCGGCCAGGAAUCCCGCGUACGGCCAUUCCAGUGUAUUUCUAUUUCACUGGUUUUAAUCGUUAUUCUUCUUGGACUACAUUACCCAUGACUUUGGACUACAUUACCGCGAGUGACGUUUCCUGUUUGACGUUUACGUCAUGACGUUGGGCAGCGGCGGCUGCUGCAGCGGGAGAAGUUGAUUUAUCAACAACGGGCGCCUGACAACCAUAAACAUCAACUUAAACUGACUUUAAAGUGAAUAAAUUAGUACUUUAUGUUAUGUAGAUCAGGUAUAACUGAACGUGGAGGCAAUAGGGAGCACAAAUGGACGUCGUCAAGGAAUUAAAAAAUGUUUUUGGUGCAUGUUGUAGUUAGCUAGAGGGCUAAUUGUGUGUGUAGUAGUCACCAGGUGAUGUGUUACUUUUUGCUUUAGUAUCAGGGAUUAAUGAUGGCUUCCAAAGUGUGGCAGCAUCCUUACGUAAACCUAUUUAAACAUGUGAAGCUGGAGGAAUGGAGGAAAGCCAGCAAAGACGGAGACGUCACAACCUAUAUGGACAAGACGCUGAAGUGCACCGUGUUCCGCAUCCGUGGUUCAGUUCCGGCCAGCAACUACAUCCUGAUUCCCAAAACCAGCAGCCAGUCGCUGGGCCUCACAGGCCGUUACCUGUACCUGCUCUUCAGACCCUGUCCCAAUAAACACUUCGUAGUGCACUUGGACGUGGCGGCUGAGGAGGGUCGUGUGAUUCGUGUGUCAUUCUCCAACCUGUUUAAGGAGUUUAAAUCCACAGCAACAUGGCUUCAGUUCCCCUUCCUGUGUGCAGCUGCACCUGGCUCUGUGUAUGAGAGCACAGCCAAGACCACCAAACAUGGUCUGGUGGGUCCAGCCCCGGUGGGUGUGCGCUGGACGUGCCUGGCGAUGGACCUGCGUUACGUGCUUUCCGUCUACCUGAACAGAACACACAGCCACUUGAAGAGCAUCAAACUGUGUGCCAACAUGGCCGUCAAAAAUGUAGUGACCAGCGACCUGAUGCUGGAGCCUGGUCUGUCGUUUUCAGAGUUCCGGCAGGCAGGCGUGGUGCUGCCUGAGGGCACGGCCCCGAUGCCCAGGGACAUGUGCUUCCCUGUGCCAAAAGGCAGCAGCUGGCAUCAGCUCUACGAUUACAUCAGAUUCCCCUCUGACGGUGCAAAGAUGCCAUUUGACUCCAUACAGAAAGGACAGGAUGCUCAAGCCCCAAUUCCACAAGAAACUCUGGAUGACAAAAGUCCAUAUCGAGAGGAGAGUCGCAGCGUGGACAUCAGCAAGCCAGUGCAGGACCGCGUCUCCCUCAUCCAACAGAUCACCACACCCAAACCCCAUGCUAAGCAGCGCUCACUGCUGCACACCUCCAGCCUGCCCGAGCUCGCCACAGCGCUCUCCGGAGACGUAGGCAGCCCCAGAUCUACAGGUCAUGGGUCACAGAGCGAGGACGAGGAGGAGGAAGAAGACGGCAGGGUCGUGUGUGAUGACGGAGACAGCGUGCAUGUGUACGCUCACUACGAGGACGAUGACAUCAGCGCCCGUUCAACAGACAGCGAUGAAGUGGCAGUGUUCAACGCAGCUGUUCCUCGUCCGCGUCCUCUGCCUUCAACUAAACCAGCAAAGCAGCGAAGUUGUGUGUGUGUGUGUUGUGAUCGGUCUUAGCAGAAGCUGCACCCUGACCCUAUACUGAAGCUGAGCAG